AUAUAUCCAUAGGGUGGUAAGAAGGAGCUGUAUAGAAAGAGACUGUUGCUUAUUUAACCUCCUUCCUGCUACUUCUUUAACUUUCAAUCUUCUUUCUCUUUCGUUCCAUCUUUCUGCAUAGGAGAGAGACAGAGAGAGAUGGGGAAUUGUCAAGCCAUAGAUGCUGCGGUGUUGGUGAUACAGCAUCCAUGUGGGAGGAUAGAGAGGUUAUAUUGGCCUAUUCCGGCAAGUGAAGUGAUGAGAUUGAAUCCGGGUCACUACGUUUCUCUGAUCAUUCCAUUGCCUGUGUCUGAGGAAGAGAUUAAUCAAGAUGAAAAGACCGUACGUUUCACCCGUGUUAAGCUUCUCCGGCCUAGCGAUACUCUUGCCCUUGGCCAUGCUUAUCGUCUUAUCCCUUCUCAAGAGGUCACGAAGGUUUUGAGGGCAAAAAAACAUGCAAAAAGGCUGCAGCUGGAAUCAAAUGAAAAGUUGCAGCGUGGACAAGAGAACCAAAGUUCAGGACGCGAGUCAGGAGGAAAGUCUAACAAGGAGAAGACCUACCAAGUGAUUAAGCAUGAAAGACAACGCUCAAGGACAACACCUGUGAACACUGCUGCAAUGAGAUCUAAAACAUGGCGGCCCUCAUUACAGAGCAUCUCCGAGGCUGGAAGCCAAUAAUGGUUGUUU